UUGUUUUCUAUUUGUUUCUUCUUUUUCUUAUCCAUCCAUCCAUCCGUCUAUCUAUCUAUUAUGUCUCUUGGAACUAUUCUCAGUUAUCCCAACAAUCCUCGUGUAGCUAAAGCAAAGAUUGCUGCUGCAUACAAUGGUUUGGCUUUUGAUGAAAAAAUGUUUGAUCUUAUGACUGAACGUGACGAAGCUUUUUAUCAACGAUUCCCUGUUGGCAAAGUCCCAGUACUUGAAGGCAAGGAAGUUGACUUGUUUGAAUCCAAUGCUAUUGGUUAUUAUGCUGCUCUCCAAAAUGCUGAUUCUCCUUUACUUGGUAAGACACCUGCCGAAAAAGCCUUGAUCCUUCAAUGGGUUCUCUUUUCUGAAAAUGAACUCCAAACCAAUUUCUCUCAAUGGUUGUCUCCUUUGAUGGGUUAUUCUCCUUACUUGAAACCUUCUGUUGACGCUGCCAUUGAAAAGGUGAAACGCGCCUUGGGUGCUUUGGAUAAGGUGUUGUUGAGCCGUACUUAUCUUGUGGGAGAAGACAUUACUUAUGCCGAUAUUGCAGUUGCCACUUCUUUGGUGUUCCCUUACAAGCUUCUUUUCGACAAAUCUUUCCGCUCUCAAUACAAGAACGUCACCCGUUACUUCAAUACUGUCACUGGCAAGAAACAUUUCAAGGAACAUCUUGGUCAAAUUCAAUUGUGUGAAACUCCAUUGAAAUAUGUACCACCCAAGAAGGAAAAGAAGGAAACUAAAAAACAAGAAACUCCCAAGAAGGAAAAGAAACCUGCUGCUGCUGCUGCUGCUGACGAUGAAGAAGAAGCUCCUAAACCUCCUCCUAAACCCAAAUCCAAGUUGGAUCUCUUGCCACCCUCCAAGUUUAUUAUGGACGAAUGGAAACGUAUGUACUCUAACAAUGAUACUGAUGUUGCCAUGAAAUGGUUCUGGGAUCAUCAUGAUCCUGAAGGUUAUUCUCUUUGGAAGGUGGAUUACAAGUAUAAUGAUGAACUUACCUUGAUUUUCAUGUCCAGCAAUUUGAUUGGUGGUUUCUUUGCUCGUCUUGAAAUGGCUAGAAAGUAUGCCUUUGGUUCUAUGGUCGUAACAGGUGUCAACAACAAUAAUGCUAUCUCUGGUUACUUCCUUAUUCGUGGUCAAGAAGUUCCUUUCGAAGUUUAUGAUGCUGCUGAUUACGAUUCUUACAACUUUGUCAAGAUUGAACCUUCCCAAUAUGAAGAAAAGAAGGAUGAAAUUUAUAAGUACAUGGCCUGGGAAGUCGAUGGAUUCGCUGAUGGCAAGAUCUUCAAGUAAAUUGACCUUAUAGUAUUAGGAUUAUUUUAUGUUUUGAAAUAAAAUUGAUCUAUGUCACUAU